ACUGUAGCUCUGUCCCUACUGUAUUCACUAUACUCUCCUGGCACAGUUUCUGCUCUCUAGGCAGCCUGGAAUUUCUCGCCACAUCUCCACGGCCAGACCGUUCUUACUGAGUGUGUAUUUUGUCAAGGUGUGUCUCAGGCUUUGGAUCAGACACUGUUCUCAGAUGUGGAUAACAUUUGGGCAAAUGUAUCAGCUUUCAUCGAACGGCACAUGACAAUGCAGAAGGGAGUGUGCAUUGCUGGCCUUGGAGUGUUUACCUUCUCCCAGCAGAAAUUGGAUAUAGGCAACAAGUAUGUCCUUUACCAGAGGCCAAUCUUCAUCUUAACUGAGAAACUUUGCCAGUCUCAUGGCCUUAAACAGACCAGACCUCUCGCUGCAGCAGGGGACAUUCCGGUGGUGCAGCUCAAUUUCAGCGCCCUGAGCAUCGACAGCCCUUUCGAGCGUGACGUGGUGGAGGGCUGUGUGAGGGAGAUGCUCCUCUUGCUGCUACGUGCUGUGACUGCCCAGCGCACUGUCUUCCUGCUCUUCCAGGGCAUCGGCAUCCUCUCGUUCCGUCACAGCACCGUCAAGAUGAAGUUCUACCGCAACUUCAUCUCAAGCAUGGAUGGCUCAGGCACGGUCCUUUGGGCUCUGACCAACAGACCUGGAACGAGUAUUUCUAUAGUUUCUGGGACACUCUCAAGCCUUCAACGCCCAGGGAGCUGUAAUGCAAUGACAUUCCCGAAAAUCUCAUCAGGAAAUCCUCAGAAAGAGGAGGAGGAUAAGGAGAAAGGCUCUGCUCCUGAGCUGUAUAAUGGACAAGAGGAGAAUAAGAAGGAAUUCAGGCCAUUCACAGCCAAAAAUAAUGAAAACAUCUCAAGUGAUGACAGAAACCCUGAGAUUCCAUCAGAUACAAUGAAAAGUUUUAGAAAUGAAAAAGCCUCACAGCCACCAAAUGGCACCAGUAAAAAAGUGGAAGUGAAGCCAGAAGCUGCCUACCCCAGUCUGUCAUGCCGUGACCACACCCGAGCUGGACAGGAGCUUUGCUACCUGUGUAUGCAGCGAGCACAGCGUAAUGUACCCCUGUAUCUGUCAGAGGAGAGACGCAGAGAGGACAAGGACGAGGAGAAGUUGCUGCUUCUCGCCGAGAAACACAAAGAUGAGCAGUUGCUACUUAGAGAAAAAGUCAAGCAAGAGCAGAAACUGCAGGACAGUAAGACAACAGCAGCAUUUAAUCUCGGGGUCGCUGAAACACUGAGGGCAAAGAAGUCGACACGGUCGUCCCAGCUUGAGAGUUCUUACAUUUUUGGCAGACGGCCUGUCACUCCUCCCAGGCUUCUGAAACAGAGGUGCUACAUGCAGGAAUUAACAGAGCAGGUGACCCAGAGGAGAGUGAACCUCACAAAGAAAUGUCAAGAUGAGGAGCUCAAUGAGCGACUGCACCAAAUCCAGCUAGCUGAUGAGUUUGCUAAACUGAAAUCUCAGGAACUUCUCCAAAAAAAGGAGAACAUUAAAAAGCUGCAAAAGGCCCUGGAUAUCCAACUGGAACACCGGGAUCCAGGUCUUCCUGCACGUCAGCCGGACUCGGACGGCCCUGUGUUUGGGGUGUGGGAUGGAGCUCCAGCCUUGCUGUCUGAACAAAAGCAGAGAGCACAAAGAAUUUGUGAAGAGCAGAUAAAAACAGCAUGCAACAAGCGGAAGGAGGCACUGUGCAGCCAGCUGAGUGAGCAAAAAAAAGAACGAGACAUGCUGCGGCGUAACCACCAGGAACACAUAGCAGAUCGGAUCGCCCGUUAUGAGAGACUGAGGAACCUGUGGACUGCUCUAGAACGCACGUGGUCUCACAGCGCUGACCUGAAACACGGCCGAGACCUCGAGGAGAGAGCUUUCAUUAGGUCAGGUGGAAGGCUGCUGAUAGAUCAGUGUGAACAGUACCGCCGCUGUUUCCAGUGCAAAAGAAAAACCACCAACUGCGGGGAGAGCAACAUAUGGAAGGAGUCACACUACAUCCCUGGCUCCCGUCUGAUGGUGUAGCUUCAUCUAACUCUACUAUAUACCAAAUAUUAAUUAAAAUACUUGAAGUUCUGGCACACUUAAAUGUAGCUAUAUCUGUUGGAAAUUUGGUGUGGGUGCUGAAACCUUUGCUGAGAAAAUUUCUUCACAUUAGAAGUGAUAAAAAUAUAAUUAUCCUUUGCUAUAUAUAUACAUCAUUCUUUUAAUGGUCAAACAUAACAAUUCUUAAUAUCAUAAAAAUAUAAUAAUAAUAUUGUGAC